UGUUUUGUAUACCGUGUGCAAGUCUUCUAUAAAUGAACAUGCAAAAAAAAAAAAAUUUCUUCCACAGUUGGCAUUUUAGAAGUAUGUGUAAAUACUUAACCUAGUAAGAUAUUUAUAAGUAUACACACGAAAGUAGUUUCUGGAUCAAGGUGAUAAAAGUAUUUGUCAAACAUGGCGUCUGACGAUCCGCACGAAAGGAAGGCAGACGACAGAAUUCUAGUUCCAAUCUCAUGUGGUGACAGAAGUUACAUGAAUGUGUUGGAGAGAGAUAUUUUGAAAAGUUUCUUCACAACGUAUCUUUUGGAGGUGGGCCCACAACCCCUCCUCAACACUUUGUGUGAACAUGGACAUAUUUCUAAGGAAUGUUUUAAUUUAAUCAAGGUAAAAUGUGAAAAACCACCGUUUUGGUUUUCAUAUGAAAUCCUCGCAGACGAACUUGGAAAACGUUAUCCUUUAAGGGCGUUUGUUUUCAUUCUGUAUUCUAUACAUUUUGCACAGUUAGCAAACGACCUGAUAUCGUACUACAAUGAGUUUACUCGCACUAAGCUUGUCCAGGAAGUGGCACGUGCCCCGGUAGGUAAUAGAAAGGCCAUACAACAAUAUUUUAAAUUUAUUAAGAAGCAAGUUCACGAAUUCACCUUUAAAAAUCCUCAGGCUGAUCUUUCAUCCAUAGGAGUUAGGUUGAGACAAAAUAUAGAAUUGGAAAAGAAUGACGCUAAGAGGCAAUUCAUGUAUGACCGAUAUGUCGCUCUGAAAGCAGCAGAAAUAGAUGCCCUAACGAACAAAACAGACGACAUAGAUCCUUAUGGAGGGGCGUUUAGAGAUAUUGAAGAGGUAAUUGACCACAGCAGCAAUCCUAACGUAUCCAGAGUCCUUCUGUACGGCCGAAAAGCAGACGUUUUGUCCUCUCUUGGAAAACGAGAGGAAGGACGUGGCAUGUUAAAGGAAGGAUUUAAAUAUGCAAACGCCACUGAUACCUGCAUCGAGUCAGUGGAUAUGGUCUACAAAAGUGUCGUUUUUCGUCUGUCUGAGUUAGAGAAGAGACCAUCUUCUGAAUUAAAGAAAUUGUUGUUGCUAGAAGCAAGUCGGGGUCUUCAAGGACUCGUUGAUGAGGACGAGGACGUAAAAAUAUUUUGGAGGAGACUGUUUAUUCUAAGAAUGGUUUACAGUCAUUUGGGCAUCGGAAAACGCUGUAUGAUAAUACCGGAUCACAAAAUUUCCGAGGAGUCUUUACGAGAAGCAGAACGGCUGCUUUCAUUGGAUUCUUUGGAGGAUUUAGAGCAUCGUCGUCAGAUGAUGUACGGUGUUGCCAAAGCUCGUCUGCUGGAAUUAAAAGGAGAACUGUCGUCUGCUUUUGCAACCAUAUGUACAGCAAUGGAGAUUGCUAAAGAGGGAAAAUAUACUGAAAUGCCAAUGAUUAGUCUUUAUCAUUCGGAUCUCAAACAAAAACUUCAAAAACAUAAUAUACUGUAAUUUCGACUAAUUAGAGAAUCGGCAUACAAUAAAAUCCGAUUUUUAUUAUGUAUUUCCUUGUGUGUAUUACUGGAAUAAAUAUGGGGUUUGUG